AUGUCUUUCAGAAGAAGGGGAGAGAUCGUUAGUGGCCCAACUCCUCAACUAGUUGGAGCCCCCAGUCCUCUAAUCCCUAGGGCUGCUCCUAAUAGAAGGGCUGGUGAAUACGUUUCUCGAGCAGCUUUAGCAGGGGGCACACCCAAGAGGAAUUCUGAAAAUGCAUUGGCGAAUCAUGUCGGUGUGAAACCAUCGAUCCUUACGUCGCAGCCAUGCAUAUCUACUGGUUCCAGUGACAUAGACAGUGUAUUGGGUCAUCAGGGACUACCUGUAGGGUCCUCGAUACUGAUAGAAGAAACUGGGACCACAGAUUUUGCAUCUACUUUGUCAAAACUGUUUCUAGCUCAAGGCAUUGCACACAACAGAAUCAACCCAUCCCAGCCCAAUACCCACGAUGUCUUGGUGGGUUUGGACCAGAACUGGGCCAAAGGUCUUCCUGGAGUAUACAAGGGGAGUAAAGAAAGGAAGAAAGAAAAAGUUCAGCAAAAUGAGUCCAAGGUUAGUGUCUCCAACAUAGUGAAUCAAAGUAAUGAUUUGAAGAUUGCCUGGCGUUACGGGCUGAAUCAAAGAAAAAAUGAGAGCGACGAUGAUACAAUAGACCAAUAUCCCCACUACAAUAACCAAUUCGAUAUCACCUCCGUGCUAACAGUUGCGCCUGGACCUCACGAACUAACAUGUAUUCCUAAUGAUAAUUUGCCAAGAACAUUGAAGCGGAUCGAAGAUACUGUCAUCAAACAACCCAACAAAAUAGUUAGAAUUGCAGUGCCUUUGUUUCUAAACCCUUUGGUUUAUCAGAACGAGACUAGCGCACCAGAAAUCCUGAGGUUUGUCCACGGUCUGAAACAGAUUCUCAAAAAAUACCCAAAUCAAGUCGCCCUAUUCAUGACUGUCAACCUUGAUCUGUACCCUCGAAAUAACCCCCUUAUUGGCUACAUUGAGCUGCUGUUUGAUUCUGUCAUUGAACUGCGUCCGUUUGACCCUCAGCUGCACGAUUUAAUGGAGCGAGUCUACAAAAACCAACCUGCCAAAAUAAAGCAUGGGCACUUGAACGUUUACAAACUGCCUAUUUUGAGCGAGUCUGGCCUUAUGUGUGUCCAGGAGAUGGAAUACAGCUUUAAGAAUGGACGAAGACGCUUUGAGAUUGAAAAGUGGAGUAUUCCGGUCGAGGACGAAGAAACUAAUGAUGACAAGAAAUUGGAGUUUUAA